CGCCUCGGCGGUCUGCUUGUCGUUGCCGCCGCGUGGAGCGGAGAGAGACUGCAGCGGCGCGAAGGAGACGAUGACAGAAGAAGGCUGCGUCGCGGGGAGAGGCCAAUACCGCUCGCCGUUGCCCAGCUCGGAGAGUGCAGGGCAGAGCCACAGAGGGCGCAAGCCGUACAUGCCGCCGGACGGCUCGCUUCUGAAAUCCAGGUCCGAACCUCCCCCUUCCAGCCUUCCAAGCUCCAAUCUGACCAGAGACUGCACCGCCGAGCUCAAUCCUGCCGGCGUGCCCCAAGCAGUUAUCUAUGCUCGUGACAAGUUGGAAUGCCGCCGCCGGCUGCAUCAACAUCGUCACAAAUUUACCCCCUCCUCCCCCGUUCCCUGGUUGGCCUGGAAUGGAAGCAAAAACACCGCCGCCAGCGACGCCGACGGAUGCACCCCCGCCUGCCGGACCGGAACAGGGCAGCCGGCGCAGGGAGGUCUAGGCCUCUAGCUACUCUGCCUAUGGCUAGGCUCAGGCAUGGGUCAUAUCUUGCUCUGCUGCAUAAUUUCAGCUGUCCAGGGAAUCUCUCAAAAGAAUCUGAAUACUGAAGCGUCGCUGCGUCAGUUAUUCUCACGUUGAAAGCAUCCGACUCUGUAUUUGCUGCUCCGUACAAGUGAAGGGUUGCAGCUCUGAGAAAGCAAUUCUGAUGCGCGGACGCUUCAAAGUGGUAACCUUGGUACCUUAGUUUCUUUCCAAUAUAGUAUAUAUGAACAUUUCAUUUCUCCAAGUUUCUUUAUGGUUCGAGCAACGGUAGCAUUUCUUUACACCAUACUCAAACUCAAGUGCAGGGGAAUAUAUUCUGUAGCUAUGAAUUUAGUGUACUACCGCACUUGUGUAUCUUUCGAGUUGCUAGCUUCAAAAGUCAUGCUGUCUCUGCAGAUUCCCUGUCUUCUUUUAGUGAAAACGGUAUCGGGAGCUACAAUACAGUGAGAUGUCAUUCCAUGAAGUUCCUUCAAAGGAGAUAUGAUUGCCUCUGCAUUUGGAGAUGCCUGGUUUGUCAAAGAUGCUUCAUGAUGCAACGUGUGUAUCUAUCCAACAGUUCUAUUUGCAAAUAUGGAAAAAAAAAUGAUGAAGGUAGGCUUGUGACAAUGUGGCUAUAUAUAACCGGUGGCCUUGCAGUUCUCUGCAUGACUACUCUCCUCUCCGGUGCAGCUUCUCAGCAAAGUUGCCAUGGCUGGGAGUGGUGCAUCCUCGAUCCAGAAACCUUGUGAUGCUUGCAAAAGAUACUUGGACCACUUGGAUGGAAAGAAUCAAAAUGUCAGAUCCUUCCUCAGCCCCAUGACUGCUAGUUCUAAACAUAGCAUGGUCGUGCCGAAGAGAUUUCUGAAGCAUUUCGCUGGAAAGUUGUCAGGAAUCAUCAAGUUAGAGUCCCCUAAUCGUGGUUCAUAUGAUGUUGGUAUUAUAGAGCACUGUAACAAUGUAGUGUUCCGACAUGGAUGGGGGCAAUUUGUUGAGUCCCAUCACAUAAAAGAAAAUGAUUACUUGCUGUUCCGUCACGUUGAGGGUUCUUGUUUUAAGGUUUUGAUCUUUGAUUCUGAUGGCUGUGAGAAAGUGUUUCCUUGUGCUGGCAUAAGAAGUGUAGAGUAUGUUGAUAUCUCAAGCAGCUCUCAUCAUGAGACUACAGAAUCAUUAGCAAGUGAAAGAUUUGUUAGGUGUCAGAAAGGUAGUUCCUGUCAUCGUGGGAAGACUGCAAAAAUGGCUGCAGCAUUCUCAUCAUCUGAGGAGUCAGGAGAAAAUAUUCCAUCUAAAAACAAAUCUUCUGAGUUGGAUGAUCUUCAGACACCCCUGAGGCAACAUUAUGUUUUGUCACAAAGAAGCUACCUAUCUGAAGCACAAGAGGAGAGAGUAAUUGCGCUUAUCCAGGAAAUUCAACCUGAAAGUACUGCUUUUAUAGCAGUCAUGUGCAAGAGCCAUGUUCAACCACCUUGUCCUUAUCUGGCUAUUUCUAAGGGAUAUGCACUUGCACAUUUUCCACGUAAAAGCAUGAAUGUGACUCUUCAGAGGCCAGGCAAGAGCAAGAAAUGGCACCCAAAAUUUUGCAAAAGAAAAGAUGCACAAAUGUUGCUUAAGGGGCAGUGGAUGGACUUUGUCCGUGACAAUCAUGUGCAGGAAGGAGAUAUCUGCAUCUUUUUACCGACAAUGGCUGGGAGAAGAUCCACAUUUACAGUCUAUUUAAUUCAGGCAACAACCACUUGUUCUAGGGGUGGAUCUGGUAAGAGGGGAAGCUUAAGCCGUCAAAAGGAAACAGCAAAGAAGGCUGCAACAUCCUCACUGUAUGAAGAUUCAGGAGGAGAAGAUAGUCUAUCUGGCUACGAAUCUAUCCAAUUAGAUCAUUUCAAGGCAUUCUCAAAGCGUAAUUAUGUCUUAUCGGCAUGGUGCCACCUGACUGCAGAACAAGAGGAAAAAAUAGUUGCUCUUGUCAAGAAAGUUCAACCAGAAAUUCCUUUCCUUGUGGUUCAAAUGAAGAAGAGCAAUGUCAACCAUCUUAGAUCUGAUCUGGUCAUUUGUAAGGAUUAUGCAGCAGAACACUUUCCUCAAGAAAGCCAAUUCAUCACACUAGAACGCCCAGGAGGGAGAAAGUGGCGUACCAGGCUCUAUGUUAGACCUGAUGGACGUGCAUUCAUGCUAACCACGCGAUGGCAAAACUUCGUUCAUGAUAACCAUUUCCAGAAGGAUGAUAUAUGCCUGUUUCAACCGAUGCCAAAUGAAAAAGGUUUCAGAGUGAUGGUCCAUCUGCUUCAUGAGCCAAGCACUCGUUCGUCUUCUUUGUGUAGGCAUGUUCAUGGCCUAAACAGCCAUAUAAAUAGAGGAGUGACACCAACUGCGCAUGUUCAUGAGAAAUCAGGAAGUGAGAGAGACAGCUUAAGCUGUCAAAAGGAAACAACAAAGAAGGCUGGGACAUCCUCACUGCAUGAGGAAUCAGCAGGAGAAGAUAGUCUAUCUGGCCAUGAAUCUAUCCAGUCAGAUCAUGUCAAGGCAUUCUCAGAGCGUAAUUAUGUCUUAUCGGCACGGUGCCACCUGACUGCAGAACAAGAGGAGGAAAUAAUUACUCUUGUCAAGAAAGUUCAACCAGCAAUUCCUUUUCUUGUGAUUCAAAUGAAGAAGAGCAAUGUCAACCGUCUUAGUUCUAAUCUGGUCAUUUGUAAGGGUUAUGCAGCACAACACUUUCCUCAAAAAAGCCAAUUCAUCACACUUGAACGCCCAAGAGGGAAAAAGUGGUGUUCUAGGCUCCAUGUUAGACCUCAUGAACGUGCAUACAUGCUAACCACACGAUGGCAAAACUUUGUCCGUGAUAACCAGUUACGAAAGGAUGAUAUAUGCCUGUUUCAACCUAUGCCAAGUGAAAAAGGUUUCAGAGUGAUGGUCCAUCUGCUUUGUGAGCCAAGAACUCGUUCUUCUUCCUUGGGUGGACAUGCUCAUGGCUUAAACAGCCAUAUAAAAAGAGUGACAUCAACUGCGCAUGUUCAUGAGAAAUCAGGCAGUGAGAGAGGAAGCUUAAGCUGUCAAAAGGAAACAGCAAACAAGGCUAGGACAUCCUCGCUAUAUGAGGAAUCAGAAGAAGGUACUCUAUCUGGCUAUGAAUCUACCCAGUUAGAUCAUGUCAAGGCAUUCUCAGAGCGUUACUAUGUCUUAUCGGCACGGUGCCACCUGACUGCAGAACAAAAGGAGAAAAUAGUUGCUCUUGUCAAGAAAGUUCAACCAGAAAUUCCUGUCCUCGUGGUUAAGAUGAAGAAGAUCAAUGUCAAACGUCUUAACUCUAAUCUGGUCAUUUGUAAGGGCUAUGCAGCACAACACUUUCCUCAAGAAAGCCAAUUCAUCACACUUGAAUGCCCAGGAGGGAAAAGGUGGCAUCCCAAGCUCCAUGUUAGACCUGACGGACGCGGAUACAUGCUAAGCACGCAAUGGAAAAACUUCGUCCGUGAUAACCGUUUACGGGAGGAUGAUAUAUGCCUGUUUCAACCGAUGCCAAGUGAAAAAGGUUUCAGAGUGAUGGCCCAUCUGCUUCGUGAGCGAAGCACUCGUUCCUCUUCCUCGGAUGGGCAUGUUCAUGGCUUACACAGCCAUAUAGAAAGAGGACUGGCAUCAACUGCGCAUGUUCAUGAGAAAUCAGGCAGUGAGAAUUCUGGAUUGUUGGACCUGCAUAAGCGUCAACCUGUGCAGCAAGGGCAUCAAGUUUUAAAUGACUGUGGGGGGGCUUCUAGUUCUAAGCCUCCUCUCUAUGUGGUACUGGGCGGCACCUGUUUAACUCCAGCACAGGACAAGGUAGUGCAAGAGAAAGCCAUGGCCAUCAAAGCUGAAGUGUCCAUUUUUGUGGCGACCAUGAAUAAGAAAAUUCUUGGCUACAACAACGAAGCGUUCAUCCUAGACUUCAGUGAUGCCGCUGAGUAUCUUCCCGACGGGAAGCAAUCUCUGACGCUCCGUUGGCAGGGGCAGGGAAGGGCAUGGCGCACAGACUUGCACAACCGGCUGAUGCUUGCCACCGGAGAAUGGCGCGAGUUUGUCCGCGACAGCGGCCUAGAGGACGGGGACAUCUGCCUGUUCGAGCCGAUGAAGGAGAGGCUUGCCAUGCUGGUGCACAUCAUUCGCAGCAAGCAGUACUCUUAACUAGCUGUCGUUCUGCUCAUGGACUCAACUUAUGGUAGCUUUUGGCGACCUGAAGAAAAAUCGUUAGUGUGGACUGGUAGGUGACUGAGGGGGCUGCCCUACUGCUAUUGCUAAAACAAUAAAGUUUGGUGACCUGCUGUUAGUCUGAUCAAGUACUCCGAAGCAAACUCCUGCUCAUGAAUAAUCUUGUGUGUUGUAUCACUGGAUCUCUGCAGGAAUAAGAUGUUUAGUAGAGUUCUCUUGUGUUGAACUAUAUGAUGUGCCGCGGUUUGGUAAGAGAUUACAACUUCAGUCAUC